UGUCAAAUUAUUCUGUAUGAACUGAGGUAAGAAACAGUUGACUUGUAUCGGCGACAUAUGAACAGUAUGUAUGCCCGUGCUGACUAUAGCUGGCCAAUACCUGCUGAUCAGUCACAUGGUAAAGGAAUCCUAUACACCUGAGUGACGUCGUCGACUUGGAUCAGUCGAUGUCUGGCGAGUUGGCAGUAUUGCCUCGGCGUGGCUGUCGUUAUGUGAUCUUUAAACUCGGAUUAAUAACUUGACAUAGAGACUCGCCUAAUGACAAGGAAACAUGAGACAAAAAGAAGAUGGCAUACAUGGAAAUAAGUAUUGAUGGGACUCCACUGUAGUAGACUCUAAAAAAACGUAAAACCUUCACUUGCCGCGGACACAGUACAGUGACCAAUCAGUUGAAGCAGUGCCUGAUGUUUGCAUGUAUAAAUCAUGAAAGCUGAAGAUGAAGACAUCACAAACACAGCCACCACGAUUCCCGAAGAUGAUAAAAUCCCACCUGGGGAAGAGGUUUCCUCACCAGCAGAGGACAUUCCUAGUAAAGUUCCUCCUGAAAACAAGGAGGAGAUGGAUAAUGAACCCAUCAAACCUGAGGAGGAGAAGCCAAAACCAUUCAGCAAAAUGUGCCACUUCAGGAAGUUUACAGAGAAAACAUAUGAGGAACUUGUGAUACGAGAGAAGUCAGAGAAGUUGAAAGCACAAGAACGGCUCAAGAAAGGGCAAACAGCACGUCUUGUUGAUGGUGACCUUAGGUUUGGCGAUGAUGAUGAAGAUGAGCAGCAUGUGGAACCAGACCCUCUUCUCCAUGAGGGAAAUACACUCACAGAAAACUAUGGAGUUUUUCCAACUCCUUACUGUGGUUGGCCUAUUGAAGAGAUUGACCAAGGGAUUAAGGACAAGACAUUUGUGGUCAUUUCCAGACGAGUCACAAAGAAGACUAUAUACCGGUUUUCAGCAACUCGAUCUUUCUACAUUUUCUCCCCAUGGAGUCCUAUACGAAAGAUGGCUGUGUUAAUCUCCACCAAUCAGUUCUUUGACUACUUAGUCAUCCUUACCAUCAUCACAAACUGUGUCUUUCUUGCUUUACCAACCAUGACUUUCACAGAAACCUCUGAAUAUGUGUUCUUAGGAAUAUACACAUUAGAGAUGUUUAUCAAGUUAAUAGCAAGAGGAUUUUUUAUCAACAAAUACACCUAUUUAAGGGAUCCGUGGAACUGGCUGGAUUUUAUUGUCAUAGUCAUAGCGUAUGUCACAACUAUCAUCCAAGCUGCAGCUCCAGGCUUUUCAGUUGGCAAUCUCACAAGUCUGCGGACAUUCAGGGUAUUCCGAGCAUUAAAAACAGUGUCCAUUAUACCAGGUCUGAAGACUAUAGUUGGUGCCCUGCUUCGAGCUUUCAAGAUGCUGAUUGAAGUGAUAAUGUUGACAGUGUUUUGUUUGAUGGUGUUCGCUCUGUUUGCUCUGCAAGUGUACAUGGGAGGACUCAGACAAAAGUGUGUCCUGAACUUUAACCUCACACAGUCCGAUUCUAUAUAUGUUACCCACUACACUGAACAUAUACGGAACUCAAGCAACUGGCUGGCUGACGGUGAUGGAGGGUAUAUGCUGUGUGGAAACAUCACAGGAUCAGGACAAUGCCCUGCAAACUACACCUGUUUACCUGACAUUGGAGAAAACCCAAAUUCUGGCUAUACAAACUUUGACCACUUUGGCUGGGCCAUGCUGAAUGCCUUCCAACUCAUCACCCUGGACUUCUGGGAGGACACUUAUAAUAAGGUGAUCCGAGCUAGUGGUCCCUGGAAUUUGGUGUUCUUCAUCCUGGUGGUAUUCUUUGGCUCCUUCUACCUCAUUAACCUCAUGCUGGCUGUCGUCGCCAUGUCCUACGAGGAGGAAGCAGUGCGUGCUGGGAAGGAGAAAGAACGAGAAAAAGCUAGCCAAAGGAAAAAAAUGAAUCAAAAUCCAAUUUACGACUUAACAAAAAUAACCAUAGCGAGCAGGAAAAUGAAAGGUGACGAUAAGAAGAAGAAAGAUAAGAAGGCUGAAUUGAAAAAAAAUGAUACACAAGGAACAGAAGGGCUGAAACAGCCACAGAAAAAGCCUAGACCUCCUGUGAACCCUAAAAAGCCCAUGGUCAAGAUCCCAAGCAAGGACAGUGGCUACUCAUCCCGAAGUCAAAACAGCAGUCGUUCAGUGGGGAGUAGGGUUCUCAAACACAGAGACAGCAGAGAGAGGCUGAAGAACCCAGAAGAUGCUGAAACAGACAGUGAAGCUAGCAGCAGCAUCAACUAUGCCUUUAAGGGAACACUGAUCAAACAGAAUAGCCGUGGUAAUGGAUUUUUGAAAGUGUCUUCGUCCGGAGUGAUAUUUGAGAGGGAAUCCACCGUCAGUGAACUCAACAGUCUUGAAGAGAACAAAGAGACAAGUGUUGUUAUAAUCAGAGCGGAUGAAGACCCUGACGUUGUUCCCGGCCCAAAUGAGCUUGUGGACAGAAACUGCAUCUGUUGCCGUAGUUGCUGCAAGUGUUUCAUACCCCUGCUCCGCACUGAGGGCAUGGUGUAUGCCUUCAUCAGUGACCCCCUGUUUGACCUGUUCAUCACCCUCAGUAUUAUCCUCAACACCAUCAUCAUGGCCCUGGAACAGCAUGGGCAGUCAGAACAGAUGAAUGUCCUCAUCAAAGUGGCAAAUUAUGUGUUUACUGCAAUCUUCAUUCUUGAAGCAGUUUUGAAACUGUAUGCUCUCAACAAGUAUUACUUCAAGAGUGGCUGGAAUAUCUUUGAUCUGAUCAUCGUGAUCGCCAGUAUCAUUGAUUUAGGGUUUGAAGAAGUGGAUGGUCUUUCUGUCUUUAGGACCUUCAGAUUGCUCAGGGUGUUCAAACUUGCACAGUCAUGGCCAACAAUGAGGAUAUUGCUGUCAAUCAUCUUGAGCACUCUGGGUGCCCUUGGAAACCUAACCAUUGUGCUGGCAAUCAUUAUCUACAUCUUUGCUGUAACUGGACUGCAGCUGUUUAUGUCAACCUACACACCAGAAAAGUUUGCCCCUGACCCUCCACCGAGAUGGAAUUUUAACAACAUUCAGCAUGCUCUGAUGAUGAUAUUCCGUGUGCUUUGUGGAGAAUGGAUUGAGCCACUGUGGGCCUGCAUGAAAGCCAACAAUGAACUCUGUAUGGUGGUCUUCCUGCCUGCUCUUGUGCUCGGCUACUUCAUCGUCCUGAAUUUGUUCUUGGCUCUGUUACUGAAUGCAUUUGCUACUGACUCCAUUCGCAAGCACAAAGAAACAAACCAGGAAGAAUCUCGACUAAAGUUGGCAUGGCAGAGAAUCAAAGGCCUUUGUUGUUGCUGCCUGGGCAAGAACAUAAACUCCAUAGAACCCAAGAAGAAUGGCAAGGCAUCAGAGGAAGAAUCUACAAAUGUGAUAGAUAUUGAUGAAAAUGGGAAGGAGGUUAAGAAUGCAGAUGCAGAUGCUGAUGCCAAACCCUCUACCAAUGGAGUAAAUACUAAAUCUGAGGACUCAAAGAAAACACAGUCAAAUGGGUCUGUCAAAGGCAAAAAUGUAAAGGAGGCCCAAGCAGCAUUUGAUACCACUCAAAAGAGGGCUCAGUUUUCAAGCUUUGAGGAGGCACGGCUGGCAGAGGCUGCAAGGAAGAAGAAUGGUGAAGACGAAGAUGGCCUUGCUCUCGGAGAUACUGCAUCCUCAUUGAAGAAAAACAAUGAAGUUGUGGUGCACAACUGCAUGCCCAAAAUCCUUGCUAAAAGGAUGCCCUGGUUGUCAAAGUAUGAUAAGCCUUCACGAUGGUACAGCAUGCGGAGGUUUUUGGUUAAAGUUGCUGACAACAAAGUAUUUGAGACAGCUGUUCUACUCACCAUCUUUGCAAGUAGCGUUACCCUGGCAUUUGAGGAUGUGACUCUUGAUGAGAAGCCUUCACUGAAGUUGGCGCUGUAUUACUUGAACAUCAUCUUCUGUAUUCUCUUCUCAAUUGAGAUGUUGAUUAAGAUGUUCGGCUAUGGCUUGCACAAGUAUUUUACAAGUUUUUGGACCAUACUGGACUUCUGCAUUGUGCUGAUAUCCAUCAUCAGCUUGAUAGCCGAAUCUCUGGGAAUAUCAAAUAUUGCAGCAUUUAGAUCUCUGAGAACCUUACGAGCCAUCCGACCUCUUAGAGCCAUCUCUAGAUGGCAGGGAAUGAAGAUUGUGGUGAACGCACUGAUGUUGGCCAUCCCAGCCAUUGUGAAUGUCAUACUUGUGUGCCUGGUGUUCUGGCUCAUCUUCAGCAUCAUGGGUGUCCAGUUCUUCUCGGGCAAGUUUUAUAAGUGCGUGGAUGCUAACUUGGAAAGAAUUGAUGCAGACAUCAUUGCCAACCGGAGCCAAUGCGAAGCAAACAGCCACCUGAACUACUCAUGGCGAAACUCCCAUGUCAACUUUGACAACGUCCUACAGGGUUAUUUGGCCUUGUUUCAAGUUGCAACAUUUGAAGGCUGGAUGGAGGUCAUGAUUGAUGCUGUAGAUGCAACUGAUAUUGAUCUUCAGCCAAAGAAUGAGAACAACUUUGCUGCCUAUUUGUAUUUUGUGGGAUUCAUAAUAUUUGGAGCCUUCUUCACACUCAACCUACUGAUUGGUGUCAUCAUUGAUAACUUCAAUGUGCUGAAGAAAAGGUAUGAAGGCAGCUACCUGGACAUGUUCCUCACCUCAAGUCAGCGCAACUACUACAACACUCUCAAGAAACUUGGCAACAAGAAACCUCAGAAAACCAUCAAAAGACCAAAGAAACAAUUUGCAGCCUUCUUCUACGAUGUGUCCAUCAGCAACAAGUUUGAGUUGUCUAUAGUGCUGAUCAUCUUCCUGAAUAUGAUCGUGAUGGGGAUUGAGCACUACAACCAGUCAGAUGCUGUGUCCCAGGUGUUGGACAUCAUGAACAUCAUCUUCACAACUGUCUUUACCCUGGAGGCCAUGGUGAAACUUAUCGGGCUACGGUGGCACUACUUCCGCCAGGCCUGGAAUGUCUUUGACUUCAUCAUUGUCAUCCUCUCUAUCCUAGAUAUUACCGUGAGCCAGUUACAGUCAGGUGUGGUACUGGAUGAUCUGCUCUCAGACGUGUUUGUGACUCCGACACUGCUACGAGUUGUCCGAAUCUUCCGUAUUGGUCGAGUUCUACGUCUUAUCAAGGCUGCCAAGGGUAUCCGUAAGCUUCUGUUUGCUCUCAUCAUCUCCCUUCCGGCCAUCUUCAACAUCGGUGCCCUGCUUUUCCUGAUUCUCUACAUCUAUGCCAUCAUUGGCUUGUCCUCCUUUGGCAAUCUAAAAAUUAAUGGAGCACUUGAUGAUAUUGUCAACUUCAGGACAUUUUUCAACUCAUUCAUGUUGCUGCUGAGAUUAGCUACCUCUGCUGGGUGGAACGAUAUCCUGGAUGCUAUGCUGAUUUCUCCCCCUGACUGUGAUCCAGACCACAAGACCUUGCCAAAUGGGACCUUGGUGAAGGAGACAUAUGGGGAUUGUGGCAUACCGUGGCUAGCCAUCCCGUUUAUGGUGACCUAUAUUAUCAUUAUCUUCCUCGUUGUUAUCAAUAUGUACAUAGCUGUGAUUCUAGAGAAUUUCAACCAAGCCCAUGAACAAGAGGAGGUUGGCAUCACGGAGGAUGAUUUUGAUAUGUUCUAUGUGGUUUGGGAGAGGUACGACCCUCAUGCUACCCAGUUCAUUAAAUAUGAACAACUCACUGACUUUGUGGCAGAUCUGGAGGAACCAUUUGGGAUAGCCAAACCAAAUGAGAUAGCUCUUGUGUCAUUUGACCUUCCAAUAGUUGAAGGAGAUAAACUACACUGCUUAGACAUCUUAAUGGCACUGGUAAAAAAUGUGUUAUCGGAUGUGGAAGAAACUGCAGAAUUCAGGGAGGCUAGAAAUCAGAUGGAGUUGAAAUUCCAGGCCGUCUUCCCCUCACGUGUCAACACGGUAGUUAAAUCAACCACCAUGCAGCGGAAGAAAGAGGAAGUAGCUGCUAAAACAUUGCAACAAGCCUGGAAGAGCUUCAAGACUCAGCGCUUGCUGAAGAACAUCACCGUUCAGGCCAUGCAGCAAAACCUGUCUCGUUCCAGCUCCCAGGACUCGCGGUCCCGGGCAAACAGCAUUAUGAGCCUCGGUCGUCGGCUCAGCAAUGCGCUCACGUCUUUCUUCAGUUCUUCAAGGCCCAGCAGUGCUGUCAGUCGGGCCAGCCUGAAAAGUGCACAAAACCAACACUUCUCGCCUAUCCGAAAGAAAAAUGUAUCAAAUACUCUUCAGGUUCCAUCUGUGAACACGCUGUACUCAAGUAGCAGUGACUUGGACAUCAAUCACCUUGACUUAUGAUGCGUGCUGUGAUUGACUAUACCUUUUGUAGCACUUGUUUACAGUGUGAAUGUUAAAUAAAUAUCUGUGUUUAUGGCAAGAUAAAUAGGGGCCAAAACAGGAAUAUAGGUCUUCAACCCUGACAAGAGCACCCAGAUGAAAGAAUGUGCUCCCAACUGCAAAACUUUGAUAAGAAUUGUUCACUGUGACUCUGGGAAGCAUUCAUAAAGUGCUGACCUGUCAUUUUAUGUACAGUAACCAUUGACAACAAACCACAUAACAGAGAAAGUGACUGGAUACAAGAGAUAAAGUGUGAAUAUUCUUCAGAGGAUAAUUUUCUGAAGUGACAAUGUGAUGGAUACCAAAAGCGAAAUCUUGCCGCCCAUUGGGUGAUGAAGUUGAUGCAAGUCUUGGUUAGAUGUUACUGGAAGAUGGAGUCAUCUAGCCCUGUUGGACGUGCUUUGGCAGACACUAUUGUAUUUGCAUAGCAUUCAUUCCAGCAGUACCACUCUCUUGGCACUGCAUGUGUACAGUGCAUGUAAUACAUGCAACUUUGUGUAUUCAGAUAGCCCCUAAAAGCCAAAGUGAAACCUUAGUGAACUGAUAAUACGGACCUCACUUUAACAUGUCCACAUGUUUUGUUAUUGUAAAUAGCAAUUCUGCAAGCCAAAGAUAUUCACUGUUAUUUCUGGAAGUGGUUUGCAAUCCCCAAGUGGGACUAUAAGGUUCAUAUUUCACAUUUAGAAUAAUCAAGUAUGAGUUUCAAAUUUGUUUUUACAAAACACUAUUCAUCGCUAUGUAUAUCCAUACAACAUAUUACUCUCCAUGGUGUGAAAUCAAAAUUAUUUGUUCAUUGCACAAGCACUAGAAACUAGACGUGUAGAAAUCAUCUUCCACCAUCCAUCUGUAAAAUGAUAAAAAUAUGAUAGUAAAUAAUGCGAUAAUUCAGUUCAAAGAAUUUUGCAAGUGAAGAAAGAGUUCUUAAUAUUCAAGUGUUGAUCUUACAUGCUGAGCAAAACAACAUGCAAACUCUAUUAAGUUACAUUAAUGCAUCAACUAAUUUAUGAUAUUAUUUAUCUUGUGUUAUAUUUGAUAAGUCAAUACUGAUGAUAAUAAACUAAGCAACUGUCAGAAUGGACAUCAGUACAAUUAGUCAGACCAUUUGUUAUCUCCUGGAUCACUGAAAAGACAUGUUCCAAAUGGGGAAACAAUAUUUUUGGUCUCAUCUUUUGCUGCCACAUGGCUUGAUCAAACUUAUCUGAUAUUUAUCUGUAAUCGAUUGAUAUGUAGUAAACAAUUACUGAUCUCUAUGAUCUGUAUCAAUAGCCAGGCCUAUCAUAAAUACUACUCACUAUCAUCAGUCCAGUUCAUCCCAUUUUGAAUGAUUUUGGCUUUUCCCAAUUCAAACUUGAUAUUGAUUUUGUAAUCUGCAGUUGCUUAACUUUUUACUAUAAGUUUAGGUUGUUGUUUUUCAAUAUUGUAGAUAAUAAACAACUUUGAGUUUCAGCUUCUCAUUAUGUGCCAAACUCAGUUUAAUGCAGACUAAUGUUUCCAUACAGUACCUUGUAUAUAUACCCACAACAAUAGCUUUCAUAUUGAUUAUCAUAUAUACUAUCCAGAUCAGUAUUCAUACUGUGGUAUCUAAACAUAAGGUUUUAUUUCAGACCAGUUGAACAUAUAUGCAAGUGCAUAUUGGAUUAAGUGUUUCUGGCAGAACCAAUAUUCAGCCCCCUGAGUCAUCCAAUAAAUGCAUAAGUCACCAGAAUCACCUCACAGUGUAAACUACUGCUCACAUUUAUUCUUAAAUUGUUAUGCUUGUCUUGAAUCUGUGAUAUUUUAUUGUUCUCAGUAAGCUAAUGGUGGCACUUUUGGCCACACUCAAGAAGUUGUUUGUCAUGCUUACUUAUUUAUCGAUCUUUGCAUGCAUUUUACUGUGAUAGAUAAAUACUCAUUUGGAAUGUCUAAAUGUCUUCCGACUUGACAACUGUUAAUAGUAGUGUCUGUCUGUUUUCAUGAAUUUGAAAUGAAGUAUGCCUGUGAGAUUGUACCAUGUGAUAUUGAGUUUUAAAAGGCUGAUUUACUUAGAAGCAUCUUUUUCUUCUUUAGUCUCUCUCUCCCCUCUACUUUCAAGAACUGUGUAUUCAGUGUCAUAUGAAAUAAUCAAAUUGAAAAUUGCCUCAUUCAAUAUUUCCAAUAUAUUUUAACAUGGAAUCUACUUGAAUUAGUAAAUGAGUAAAUUAUUGAUGUCAUAUUGUAAAUAUGCAAUUUGAAUAGUGACUUCAAUUUCUUCACAAAGCUGAACUGUGCCAUGAUUUUCUUCAUUAAAAUAUUCAUGUGCCACUAUUAAAUAUUAUUAAAAUAUCUUUACUACAUAGCUGUUUUAAGUCACAAAAACAAACAUUCUGUAGCUGUUUUCGAAAGUUUAUUGAUUUGAGUAAAUAUGUUUUGUAGAGUGAGCAGAAUAAUCUAUGUUACAGAUUCCCUUCAAUUAUGCAAGCAUGAGAUCCUAGAUAUGUGAUAUUAGAUGAUGCUGCUGCACAUUUCUUAGUCAUCUCACAGCCAUUUGGCUAUGUACUAUUGCUCACGGUCUGUAUUUGUUGCUCAUUGAUAUAUUAUUGUUCUUAUUGUUACAUAGGAUUUAUUUGUUUGUGUCUUAACUCUGAGAAGCAGACUUGUACGUUAUGGGAUUAGUGUCUGCAGUGACUCCAAUGAAACGUUCAUCUUUACAAGAGAAAGUAUCAAGGAGGUGAAAAUAACAUUGAAUGCUAAAUAAUGACUAAGUUGGGAAGAUGUCAUGGUUAAGUGUGAUGCUUUCUCUUGUCAACAUCCUCUGUAAUAUUUUGAGAAAACAAAUAAAUUUGGUACUUUAA